AUCGCUAUGAUUUCUGACCAAUAGCGACCGUCAUCAUAGUAUUUCAACCAAUUUGAAACAUUUGAAAAAUUAACUAAAUAAUUAAAAUUUUUUUUUAUGAUUUAUAUGUAUUAUUUUAAAAAAAUAAUAACAGUGAUCUAGGCUAAAUUUAAUCGUACAGGUAUAUGGUCACGCAACUGUUACUGAGGAUGCUUUAACUUUUUCGUGUAUAGUCACCGGGAUAAACGCAUGCGUCACGACGCCCCUGCUUUAAGGAUACGUACCGUCGAGAUGCCGACGCUCACUGACGCCCAGUACUCGUUCCCGCAUCCCUUGAAACAGUGGUGUCUCUCUAUCAUUCUCCGCAGCAACCCCGCAACUUUUCGAAACCAUUCCCGGCUUUCAAUUCACGCGGUGUUCAAAUCAACUAUCGCGUGUCGCUCAUCAAACAUUUGUAAUAUUAUAACCCAGUGUCAUUCAUGUCAAGUGGGAAAAUUCAUCAGAUUACAAUUUUUCAUCAAUCUACAAAAUAAAAAUACACAUAUUCUGAGAAAUCAGUGAAAAAAGAUAUUUUUCAAAAGCUACCAAGCAGCAGAUGUUCCAUUCUGAAAAUUGAACUAUUCAACAAUGGCGAACUUAUUCUUCAGGACAUAAGCAACUUAAUGAAGAUUUUUUAUGACCGUG